UUCUUGUGCUACGGAUUCUUCCAGUGUGUCGACGCCUUUCUCUUUGUCUUCACUUUACUGCCCAUUCGUUUCGCACUUUCCGUUUGGUUUCUAAUCAGUAGUUUAAUAAGCGGUCAGUCGUGGCAAAUGUCUGGUUCGUUGAAGCCGUUGGAAGGACUGGAACCGUCAGAAAUCUGUGAUCUCAUGAAAGGUGUAAUUGUAUUGAGCGCUGUAUUCCUCAUGAGUUAUAUCGACACUUCUAUGUUAUAUCAUAUCAUCAAAAGCCAGUCUGUGAUCAAACUCUAUAUAUUCUUCAAUAUGUUAGAGUAUUGCAAUUAA